AUGGUAUUUGUAAAUUGGUAUAUUGAGCACAUUACAUCAACUUUAGGAAGGAAUCGAAACAUUAAACAAAGUGAAGAUAAUGGAAAAUCUUCAUUGAAUCACUAUCACAGAAUAAUGAAGUAUACAGCUGAUGAUCCAUCAGAGAGUUCAGAUUUAGUAACUCUUUUAUUAGAAAGAGCAAAAAGUUUAAGAGAAGCAAUGAUAGUGUCAUUACUACAAAGUAGAAGUUUAGAAAAGUUCUUGCAGAAUGAAAAUACAAAACAUAUUAAUGAAAAUAAUCAAGAAGAUUUGAUUGAAAAUAUUUUAGGUGGAUCACAGAAAAAAAAAGUUAUAAACCAGGAUCAGAAUAUAGUUGAUGUUAGUGAUUCAUCUUCCUCUUCAAAUUCUCAAUUAGCAGAUUUAAAUGAAUCUUUAGAUUCUCUUCCUGAUGAUUCUGUGAUUAAUGAAUUGUUCUACAAAGAUAAGAGUGUUCAAGAAUUAUCACCAACAAUGCAUAAAUUUCAUAAAAAUUAUCAGUAUAAAAUAAAACCAAUUAGUAAAUCUUCAGAAAAUAGAUCAAAAGUCGAACUGCCAGAAAAUGAUUCACAUUAUAACAGUAAUACUCAUUUGUCUUCAGAAAUAAAAAGUGUACCAGAAAAUGUCAAAUCAAUUAAAGUGAAAAUUAAAAAUAUAAAAUUUAAGUUUUCUCAGAAAAGUUCACAUAAUUCUGUUGCUACUUUGCUGGAACAAAAUAAGUUAAGAACAUAUAUUUUAGAACUGAUUCCACCAUUUUCUGCUGAAGUUAAAUCAUGGGAUCAUAGAGGACAUAGAAUGCAUUAUUCAGAUAACUUGCAGUUUAUUUCAAGGAGAAUAAAGAAUGGAGUUGUCAUAUUUAAUCAAGAAGUAAAUAUUACCUGUAAAAAAUCUAUAUCAGUUAAAGAAUUACUAUCAAAAGAGCUAAUUUUUACUGCAAAAGCAAGAAUGCAUGAUAUACAUAAGAUUGUAAAUUUAGGUUCUGGUGGAAUCAAAAUUAAAGAUAUAAUUUCUGCUAGAUCUAUGUGUACAGUGUGUUCAUUAUCACUUAAGGAUAUUACUAAAAAUGUAUCAGAGAAAAGUGUCAAUGAGAAAUAUUCAAAUGAAUCAAUUUUAGAAGUAGAAGUAUCUUUGAUUACAUCGAGGAUAAAUGUACAUCACUCUGAAAGUUCAACAUCAUCUAAAACUUUAAGUAAAACACAAUUUAAUGAAAAUGAAAUUACAGACAUUUCAAAGAAUGAUGAAACAGAAUCUGGUAAGAAUGAGACUCAUACAAAUAACAUCGAUGAUGUAUCUAAAUCUAAAGAGAUAUCAGAAGAUAGUCCUGAUUUUUACAAAAAUCUUAUUAUAAAUGAUGUUCUCUAUUGUUUACUUCAAAUAAGUGAUGGAAGAAAUUUUGGAAAGAAAAAAUGGUUGCAUGUAGUUUUUCGACUAUUCUUCAGCAAGAGUGGAUUUUUUAGAGAUAUUUUAUAUGAUCCUGAACAACCACAGUUUUGUUUUACUCAGAUUUUUCCAGUUCUACUAAAUGAUGAAUUACUUCAGAGCACUAAUAAUAAUAUAAUGGUAAUUGAAAUUUGGGAAAGAAAUGACCAGAAAUCAGAACAAAAAAAAUUAAGAGGACUGUGUAAACUUCCAUUACAUUGUUUCUAUUUAGUAUUCAAUAAUUCAGCAUUAGCCAAAAGUCAUUUGCUAUCUAAGUUUCCAGUCAUUUCUACUUCUGGCUAUACUCCUGUUGUACAUCCUAUUACAAACCACUGUAAUGGUGAAUUAAAUAUUUUGUUUGCAUUAGGAACAUUAGUGCAGAUUGAAAAUGCAAUUGAAAAAUAUUCACAAAUAGAAUCUGAAAAUAAAAAUGAAGCCAUGACAGAAUUUAAAAAUACAGUUAAUAAAGAAAAAAUAGGAUUAAAUGAGAAACUUCAUAAGUCUAAUAAUAAAGAAAUCAAGCAUUUUAUUGAAUUCUCAAUUGAAAGUUUAGGUGAUUUAGAAAUAAAUAAAGACUUGAUUUGGGGUGAAGCUGAAUGUUAUAUGACUUAUUGUUUUCCUUCUCAGUACAAAGAUAAUAUGGAAAUUUGUUUGUUUAAGAGUGAUAUACAACUACUUAUACCUAAUUUAGCAUUUCAGCAUAAAAUGAAACAUACUUAUAUUUUAAAGGAAAAUGAAAAUAUAUGUAAUAUAUUGUUAAAAGAAUUUACAUCACAGAAAAAUGAAGAUAGUAUUUUAAUGAAACAACUUCCUAUCAAGUUAUGGGGGAGUUUUUAUAAUCCGUAUCAAAGGAUUGAAUUACUUGCAUCAACUUAUUUAUUAUUAAAUGAUGUAUGCAGUUUUAUCCAGACUGAUACAACUGAUUCCGAGGAACCAAUAUAUAAAACUUACAAAUUACCUUUUCAAACAAAUUUUACAAAUUCUACAAGAUUAAAAGUUGAUCACAUAAAAAUUAAUCUUAAAUAUUGGAAAGGAGAUGCUAAUAUGGGGUCAAGAUUUACUGAAAAUGAUCAUAAUAAUACAAAUAAGACAAACAAUACAUCAGUUCAUUCUGCAUUGGAAGCUGAUCAUUCAGUUCAGUUGGAUUUAAUUGAAAUUUUAGAAGAUCCAAGUCUAGAAAAAUCAUUAGAAGUGAAUGGAAAAAAUGAUGUAGUAACUAAUUUACCAAAAAAUAAUAAUGAAUGUACAAUGGAGAAACCAGAAAAAGAUGCCUCAGUGUCAAAUAAAACAUACAGUAAAAAUUUAGUAGCAAAACACAAUUAUUCUGACAUAAACUCCGGAAUUUCAGAUAUGCCGUUUUGUAGUAAAAACAAUGAUUUUGUAUUUUAUACACACAUUUUUAUAGAAAGAGCUCUCCAUUUGCCUAUGGUAAUGAAAAAAGAAAGGAUUAGUAUUUCUCCUUCACCUUAUGUAACAUUUAAUAUAAAUAAUGAAGAAUCUUUUUACACAAAUAUUGUAAAUAAUAACUGCAGUCCUGUUUGGGAUUGGCAUCAAAAUGUCUCAUUUAAGAUGAUAAGUAAAAAUCAAGAAAUGAACUUGGUGUUUAAAAUAUGGCAUGCAGCAGAUGAACAUGCAAAUUCUCCUAAUUCUACUGCUGAUAGAGUUCUAGGAUUUGCUUCUGUUGACUUCUCUCUGCUUUUUCAUGGAUUAAAUCAGAUAUCUGGAUGGUAUAAUGUUAUGGAUAUAAAUGGAAAGUGUCAGGGACAAAUAAAGAUCAGUAUUAUAGCGCAAAACAAAGAAAUGUUUCAAGAAUGCACAAAUUGCGUGAUACAGGAAAGAGAUUGGAAUAAUAGUCAGAUUAUUACUUUAGAUAGCAAACAGUUAUCGGAGACUACACAAGAAAUAAAUAAUUUUGUCCAUAAAUCAUUAAAGGAGCACAUGAACGAGUUGGAUCUACUGUAUUCUCAAUUAAUGAAGAGAUUGGCGGACGUGUCAUCGCCAGUUAAAGUUUUCGGAGGUUUGGCGGCAAGUAAAUUCGAAAAAGAGGGAACCGGUAAAGAAAUUUCAAACGUGCCAAACGACGAGAUCUUCUCCUCCUUAUCUUUGCAGUGUAUUAAUUUAACAGACAACAAAGAUAAAGUAAAAGCAGGUAACCAAACUUUGUGUGAUAUUCAUCAAUAUUCUUUAGUAGAAGGAUCCAUUAUUGAACAUGAUAAUACUCCAGAAGCAAUUAUUCCUUCUACAAAUUGUCCAUCUAUAACAGAAAGUUGUGUCUUUGUAAGAGAACAAAAGUUUAUUCCAACUCUCGCUCAUUCCAAAUGUAUUAGUGCCUCUCUAUUGCAUAGCAGUGUGGAACAGGAAGACGGCCAGUGUCAUUAUUGUAAUGAAUUUAGAUUAACAAAAAAGAUCAUUAGCGAUAAAGAUGCAGGAGGACCUGUUGAUGCAAAUCUUUCAACACAAUUAAAAGGAAAUGCCAUUUCUGAAAACCGACAAGCCGAAAUUGAGACAUUAUCAUCCGGUGAUGAUGCCAAUAAACAAUCUUAAUACAAUUUAUAAACUCAAGAUAAUGCUGUAUAUACAAGUAAAUUAUAUUUUUAUUU